UCUGUGGGACCCCCGGUUACCUGGCCCCGGAGGUGUUGGACCGCAAGGGCCAUGGGGUGCCCUCGGAUGUCUGGGCCCUGGGCUGCACCGUGUACACGAUGCUGACGGGGACCCCCCCGUUCGAGGCGGCUCAGCGGGAGGAGCUGUACCGGCGCAUCCGGGGGGCACAGUACCCCCUGUCCCCCCACCUCUCCCCCCGAGCCCGAGCCCUCAUCGCCCGCCUGCUCGCCCCCGAGCCCACGGCACGGCCCACCCUGCAGGACGUGCUGGACCACGGCUUCUUCACCCAGGGUUUCACACCGGCCACGCUGCCGCCCCGCGCCUGCCGCUCGGUGCCCGUCUUCGUGGGACAGGACCCCCUGUGCGGGCUGCUGCGGGGGGCUGCCACCAUGCUGGCGGGGGGGUGGCCAUGUCCUGUGUCACCCCGGAGGGCAGCCAUGUCCUGUGUCCCCCCCGCCCCCAGAAAAGGAGCAGCUUCCCCGGCAGGACCGGAGCCAGGCAAACGUCCGCUGAGGAAAACCUUUAUUAGUGCUAGGAACCGCCUAAAAUCCAGUCAUUGAAACAAGCAGGGUGGGACGUGACCAGUACGAACGGCAACGGCACACACACACACACACACACACACACACCAGUUUGCCCGGAGGAAAGGUUAACAGGAAAAUAA